UCUCUCUCUCUCUCUCUCUCUCUCUCUCUCUCUCUGAGUCUUGUGAUGAAGCUAUUAUAAAUCAAGCGGUGUGGAAGAUAGAGAUUAGACAAACAGGAAAUGACCCAGUUUGUGUUUUAGUACUGUACAUUUGUAGGUGGACUUGCUUUUCAUUCAGUUUUGCAUAUUCGAAAGCAUCCCAGCUCAAAGUCCCGAGCUUUUGUUACAUUGGUUUGGUUCGUUUUGCAUUUGGCUUCACCAUGAACGUGGAAGGCAGGGAUUGGACUGUUUGGUGCCAUUGAAGUUUGUCUUGGGUUUGUUGAAAGGAAUGAACUUUUUUUCUGUAAAAGGAUAUUAAAAGAAGAAUGAAUACCAGGGUGAAGACAAGGCUGCAGUCUAUGAAGCCUCCUCUGAAGAAUGAAAAAGAGAAGGUAAAAAUGCAAGGGAGUAAGCUAAGGGAUACCGCAAAAACAAUCACCAAUGGACGAGCUUCAAGCAGAGAGAGAAAAUUGGCUUUACAACAAGACGUUGAUAAGCUGAAGAAGAAGCUUAGACAUGAAGAGAAUGUACACAGAGCUUUGCAGAGGGCAUUUACUAGACCCUUGGGAGCUCUACCUCGUCUACCUCCUUAUCUGCCUCCUUAUACAUUGGAGCUUCUAGCCGAAGUGGCUGUUCUGGAAGAGGAGGUGGUUCGGCUAGAAGAACAGCUAGUGCAUUUUAGGAAGGAUUUGUAUCAGGAAGCUGUCAACAUAUCAACCUCCAAGAGGAAAAUGGAAACCUCAGCUGAUUUGUGUGAUUCAUACCCCAUAAAGAAUCCCAAACAGGAGCAACCCAAAUCUCAAGCUCAAAGAGCAAACAAUUCUACCAAUGCCACUGAGAAGCAUUGGCCAUCCCCUUCUGAUGAAAAGCAGGGUAAAGAGAACCAAUCUUCUAACAAUUCUACGAAGAAGAAGAACGAGAAAUCUUUGAUCCAUAAAGCUCAGGUUAGGACUCCAGUGAAGAGACCUCCAAUUGAUCACAAAACAGCAGAAAAGCGUUCAGAUCCUCAGAAACUACAGUUAGAAUAUAGAGUCAUGGACCAAGAAAGUGCACAAGUACCGGACAAAGAGAUGUCAGGAGAUGAAAGUCCCAACAAAAUUUCUGAAAACAUUCUGAAGUGCUUGUCAAGCAUUCUUAUGAGAAUGAGUUCAGCAAAGAACUGGGGCACUGCCGAAAGGUUACCUUCCUUCUCAACAUUAGCAGCUCAAGAAAAUAAUGAACCAAAAGAGUCUUGGGAUCCUUAUGCUAUUUGUUCCGAAUUUGGACGAAGAGAUAUCGGUCCAUAUAAGCAAUUACAUGCAAUUGAAGCUGAAACUAUUAAUCCAAACCGAACAGCAAAUGCUUUGUUCCUACUCCGAAGAUUGAAGCUAUUGCUCCGAAAACUUGCGUCUGUAAAUUUACAACGUCUCAGUCAUCAGGAGAAGCUUGCAUUCUGGAUCAAUAUCUACAAUUCCUGCAUGAUGAAUGCAUUCCUAGAGCACGGAAUACCUGAGAGUCCUGAGAUAAUUGUUGCACUCAUGCAGAAGGUAUGGAAUAUCCAAGAUCCUAGAGCUCCUGUUUAUAAUUGCAAAUACAAUUUUUCACAAAUUCCAUUUAUAUGUAUAAAGCAAGUGAUUAAAAAUACUUCUGCUGGUCAAUAA